UUGACGUUUCACAAGUUGCGUUCAGAACGAUUUAAUUUCUCUGAUAAAAUAUUUUUUAUUUAGCGAAAUAAAUGCUUUUAUUUACAAUUUAAUAUUCUAAGGGAUACAUUAGGCUUCCUUUUUUACAUAUUUAAUCAAUUUGUCUUCGAUAUUAUACAGAAAACGUCGGAAAUAAAUUCAGCAAAUGUAGUAGCUGCAGGCAUUACCAAAUAUGGAGUUCGCUCGUUUUCCCAACCGUCCUCCCUUCGAUCCUUAGUAGCUCUCGGUUUUAUUUUCUAUUAUUUAUCGAGUUCAUUUCAAAUGUUUUCAUUGCAUUUUCUAGUAUAAUAAUUAUAAAUUCUUCCUAUAAUAAAAAAUGUCGUUUAGAGUUGUGCGUAGUUCAAAGUUCCGCCACGUUUACGGACAGGCUCUUAAAAGGGAACAGUGUUAUGAUAAUAUCAGAGUAUCAAAAAGUUCAUGGGAUUCUACAUUUUGUGCUGUGAACCCGAAGUUUCUGGCUAUUAUCGUCGAGUCUGCUGGAGGAGGAGCCUUUAUAGUACUACCACACAAUAAGGUUGGACGGAUACCAGCGGACCAUCCGCUGGUGGGCGGCCAUAAAGGGCCGGUGCUGGACAUCGCGUGGUGCCCGCACAACGACAACGUCAUCGCCAGCGGCUCCGAGGACUGCGUCGUCAAGGUUUGGCAGAUCCCCGAUGGCGGCCUGUCUCGCACAUUAACGGAACCCGUGGUGGACCUGGUGUUCCACCAGCGGCGCGUGGGGCUCGUACUGUGGCACCCCACCGCGCAAAACGUGCUGCUCACCGCCGGCUCCGACAACCAGAUAGCGAUAUGGAACGUGGGCACGGGCGAGGUGCUGCUGACACUGGACUGCCAUCCCGACCUGAUCUACUCCGCGUGCUGGAACUGGACCGGCUCCAAGCUUCUCACCACCUGCCGGGACAAGAAGAUCAGGAUCAUCGACCCCCGUAAGGGCGAGGUGGAGUCGGAGGCCAUAGCGCACGAGGGCAGUAAAGCAUCGAGGGCCAUAUUCCUCAAACAUGGUCUAGUUUUCACAACAGGGUUCAGCCGGAUGUCCGAGCGUCAAUACACUCUUCGUACUCCGGACGCUUUGAACGAACCAAUAGUGACCGUCGAGAUCGAUACCAGCAACGGGGUCAUGUUCCCCCUCUACGACCCCGACACCAACCUCGUGUACCUCUGCGGGAAGGGGGACUCGGUCAUACGAUACUUCGAGGUGACACCAGAACCACCUUUCGUCCAUUACAUCAACACCUUCCAGACGCCAGACCCUCAAAGAGGUAUCGGCAUGAUGCCGAAGCGAGGAUGCGACGUGGCGACGUGUGAGAUAGCAAAGUUCUACCGCCUCAACAACUCCGGACUCUGCCAGGUGGUGUCAAUGACCGUUCCCCGUAAAUCGGAACUAUUCCAAGAGGACUUAUACCCGGAUACUCUCAGUGACGAGGCGUCGCUCACAGCCGACGAGUGGCUCGCGGGCGAAGACGCCGAGCCCUGCACCAUGUCGCUCAAGGAGCGUGCUUUGGUUGUGCAGGGCGGUUACGUAUCCGGGAGGGCGGCUCAACAGCUGCACGUGACGAAGAAGGCGAAUGCUCUCGCCGGCGCCAAGGAAAGGGACAAGGAUAGGUCUCCCACCCCCGCCCACAGGCGGGACGACAGCCACGCGGGCACGCCGGCCUCGGCCACGCCUCCCCCGCCCGUCACUGCGGCCAUCGAGAAACAACUGUCUGACCUGGUGGACGAGAUUCGCAAGCUGAAGUCGGUGAUAGUGAAACAGGAGAACCGCAUCCGAGCCCUCGAAGCCGCCGCCAGGCCCCGCACCCCGCCCCCAGCCCCAGCCCCAGCCCCAGCCCCCGCCCCAGCAUCGCCCAAUCACCACGAAGAGAACAUGGCGCCCGACGAGAGCCAGCAUGAAGAAAAAAUGGCGGCCGACGAGGUCUGACGGAACUAAAUUAUCUAUUCACCCACGCUUUCUUACCGGAACAUUAACUCAAUACCUUCUGUAAUUUUGCAAAACGACUUCUUUGUACCUUCAUCUGUUUACAAAGAUUAUAAUUUCUGACCACACUAUCGUAAUUAUGUACCUUCCACUCGUACAUUAUGUUAAGAUCAUGACCCGCAGAACCAUCACGAGGAAAAUAUGGCGCCCGAAUAGGUUUGACAUGAGUAAAUCACCUCGUCUUACCCACACAAUAUUUGUCAUUUAAAUUUCUCAUCACACCAUAUCAUUUAACAGUGUCUUUGUGAUGGUUAAAAUCCUAUUAAUACCUUCGAUCACUGUUGCUCUCGAUAUUAUUGUAUCCCAAACGUUUUGAACAAUAUAUUCUUUAGCGAUUAUGGGUUUAUUUCUUUUAAAAACCGUGUGCACAAAUAAAUAUAUACCUGUUUGUUCACUUUGUGAGACAAUACAAAUCAAUGUUCAGCUAUAAUAAUUGUAUUCAGCUGUUGCUGAUAUAAUAACGAAACUUGCAAUAUUUUUGUAUUCUUAGCUAAUAAUUGAAUCAACUGAAGUGUCAAAAUACGACUUGUGCCUUUGUAAAUAGUACAGGGACUAGAAAGAAAUUGUCUUGAAAAUAUUUUAUCGAAAAAAGUUUGUUAUAUGAGAUGAUUCAGGUUGGACUCCAAACUUGUAUGUAUAGUGACGAAUUUGAUGUGCAAUUUUUUAUCUCUUGUCCCACACCGGGAGCGAAACGAACUGGCUAAGCGAAGCUAAAAAAUGUAGCAAGCAAAUAAAGAUUCAUAGAUAAUCAUAGAGGGGCGAGGUUUUACUUCGCUGCGUUCGUCGUGCAAGGGCGGAUCCAGCUUUGUCGCCAGGGGGGAGUCAUAUAGUCGUGGUCAAGUCACAGUGGGUACAGAUUGUGAAGUGGGUACAGAUGGACCCAGGAUCCAGAGGGGGGGGUCAUGACCCCCCCC